UCUCUGCGUAUGAAUUACAUUUAAUUUCAAUGGUACUUCAAACACACAUAAAGCGCCUCGCGCCGUGCGAAUUGUCGUCGAAACCUAACUAACGGUACCGAUCGCGGGGACUCGCCGCUCAGCGAUUUUCGCCACCGUAGCGCUCUCUACCUGCCGUGUGCAGGAUUAAUGAUUCCCAUAGCGAUGAGAGUCCUGUCCGAGAGGGACGGCCGAGGCGACCUGAGGAAGGCACGAGUUGGUCCGCCGCGUCACUCGCGCCGUCGCGACGAAGAAGUAUUCUCGGUCUCGCAGCGUGUUUUGGCCGGCCAGCCGACCUGCGGCGGCAGUGUGACUCCUGCGUCGCCGCGAGCCACGUAGGCGUCGGUCGCGAGAGAAAUCGAACGCGCGUCGUGUCGCGCGUGUGAGUCGCGCGCGAGCAGGUGACCGGUCGCCGCGCCUGGAGAUGUGAAAUUUCGGAGCGUGUUUCGCGAACGAACGGCAGAACAUGGCCUUCCUGUGCCCCGUGCGCAUCCGUCGCGGCAAGAAGAAGAAACCCGGAACGCAUAACUUUAAUUUGGAGAAGGAUUGCGUUGGGACAGGAAGCACAGGGCUCGGUCUGGGCACCAGGGUGCCGGUGCCUCCUGGUCGGAUAACGGGAAGCGCCAGUAUCGAGACCCUCGUAAGAGUCGGCAUUGAAAAGGAGAAUGGGCUGUCCCCUGAUAGUAAGAUGGUUAUCGUGCAUGAUUUCACCCCUUGUGUGGACGAUGAGCUUCAGGUCAAGAGGGGACAGGUAGUGAACGUGCUCUAUCGGGAAAAUGACUGGGUAUACGUAAUAGCGGCCGAAACGCGCAUGGAAGGAUUCGUACCGCACUCGUACUGCGCACCGUACACGUCGCAGCUGGCGGAAUUGACGCUCGCCAGCCUGAACAACGUAAAGAAGAAGUUGCCGCGUUCCAGCGACAACGAUUGCGACCUGCUCAGCAGCGGUCGCUUGCAGACUACGGAGACGCAGCAGACCGACACCGGGUCGGCGUCCGAUUGCGAAAGCUACGCGCGAAACAACAUCACUACCGCAGAUGUCAACGUCAAUCGCUCCAACAUUACGCAAUCCCAAAACUCCAUACAGACCAUAUCGUCGCAGCCGGACGUGCAUCCCUUCUUCAAGGACCCUUCGGCCGGGAGAUACAUCGUCCUCUACACGUUCGUAGCACGGGACGAAAACGACGUGAGCGUCGAGAGAGGCGAGUUCGUGACGGUGCUGAAUCGCGACGAUCCAGAUUGGUUCUGGGUGCUCCGGCAUUGCGAUGGCAACGAAGGUUUCGUGCCAUCUGGUUUCGUCUACCCAGGCCACGUUCUUCAUUCUUACGCGACCACCACAACGGCCACCACUGUCACUACGAAUACAGCGUCCGCCGAGACUCAUAGUCUAGGUCAGCACCUUGGCCGACAAUCAAAUGGUUUACAAAGCAAGGGCACCGGAAACCUAGCGGCGAGCGAAUCGCUGCAGCAAAAGGGACUGCGAGAUUUCCGGGACGAGACGACCGGUACGGAAUUAGUGGUGCUUUACGAUUACAAGGCGCAGGCGCCGGACGACCUGUCGGUGAGGAGGGCCGACUGGAUAUACGCGGAUCUGGGAAAUCAAACGGUGGACGGUUGGCUCUGGGCGUACGCGCCCAAAACCCGCAAGUACGGUUUCAUUCCUAAGGCGUACGCGCGGCCUCCUGCCAUGACUAGCUUGUGACUCUCGACGAAUCUCCCCCGCGCGCAUUUUUAUACGUAUUCCUGUGCAAUAUAACGUUUUCCUUUACGCGACUUA